AUGGACGUGUCGGGCGACGAGCUCGGGCAGCCGUGGCUCGACGAAGAGGCGACAUUCCACGGCCCGGUGACGCCGCCGUCGUUGGCGUUAACUCCGUUUGUUAACCAGGUGGGCGGACACACGCCGUUCCUAAAGUUCUCGGGCAGCGCCAUCUGCAAGCCGAUGAAUGAGCGCGAGCGCGCGUUCUACGAGGCCGUGGAUUACUUGCACCGCGACCUGUACCGGUUUGUGCCCAGCUGCCUGGGCGUCGUCAAUGUCACCACGCACCAGUUCAUCCUGAUGUCCGAUCUGACCGCAUCCAUGCGGCGGCCAUGCAUCCUCGAUCUCAAAAUGGGCACGCGGCAACAUGGCGUCAAUGCACCGGCGAAAAAGGUCGUCUCGCAGACCAUCAAGUGCGCAGCCACCACUAGCAAGGAGCUGGGCGUGCGCAUGUGCGGGCUGCAGGUCUACAAGGCCGACCGCAACCGUUUCCUCUUCCAGGACAAGUACUACGGGCGGUCGCUGAACAAGUUCACGUUCCAGCGCUCGCUGCUGGAGUUCCUGGACAACGGCGAGACAGUGUUUGCCUAUCUGAUUCCGGCCCUCCUGGUCAAGCUGCGCAGUCUCUACCGGACCGUCGAGCAAAUGCACGGCUUCCGCUUCUUCGGCUCCAGCCUUUUGCUGGUCUACGACGGG